AUGGCCACCUCACAGCCUCCCCUGCGAUUCACCUCGCAUCAUAACUUGGUGUAUCGCCUGGUUGUAUCAACGUUGACCGGUCGCACAGUUCAGAUCUCCCAAAUCCGCUCCUCGUCGCCCACCAAUCCCGGUCUCGCACCGCAUGAAAUUUCCUUCUUGCGUCUUCUAGAUGCCGUCACCAAUGGCUCUCAGAUGGAAAUUUCGUACACUGGUACCAUCCUCGUGUAUAAGCCAGGCCUGAUCACCGGUAGCACAGCCGGCUCCGGGGCGAGUGGCGGCGUUAUCACACAUGAACUUCCAGCCAGUUGCAAUCGCGGUCUCAGCUACUACCUCAUUCCCCUCUGCCUGCUGGCACCUUUCUCCAAAGCACCCCUCAAGGUUCUGUUCACAGGACCUGGAGUGAUUACCUCGGCAACUCCAACUGGGGACAUGUCGGUUGACAGUGUCCGAACCGCGAUUCUCCCUCUGUACAAUCAAUUCGGCAUUUUCAACAACAUCGAGCUCCGGAUCCUGAGGCGAUCCAAUCCCGGACCCAAUGGUAAGGGAGGUGGCGGUGAAGUGCAAUUGGUCUUUGGGCAUCAGUUGCGCCUUCCCAAGACUCUGCACCUGAUGAACCCUGGCCGCAUCAAACGGAUUCGUGGUGUUGCGUACUCGGUUGGGGUGUCGGGUUCGAACAACGCCCGCAUGAUCGAAACGACCCGUGGGGUCCUGAAUCCGCUAAGUCCGGAUACUUACAUAUUCUCCGACGUCUCAUCAGCCCCUCUGUUGCCGGCCCCGGAGAAGAACAACCCCUCCGCAAUGAAGAAGAUCGGAAUCGGAUUUGGCCUGUCGCUGGUGGCUGAGUCUUCCACGGGCUGCCUCUACUCAGCCGACAUGAUUUCUCCACCUACUGGUGGUCAAGCGCCUGAAGAUACUGGGAGGCAAUGUGCAUAUCAGCUUCUCGAGGCCGUUUCCAAGGGCGGCUGUGUGGCUCCCGCGGCUGCAGCAACCAUGUUCACUCUCAUGACCAUGGGCUCGGAGGAUGUGGGCCGUCUGCAGGUUGGCCGCGAGGUUAUUGCUGACCCGCAUCUGAUCCAGCUUGCCCGGGACUUGGCCAAAUUCGGCGCCCCUGGCUGGGGUCUUCGGGAUGCAGCGGGCGAGAACGAGCAUGGCGAUGUGAUUGUCAGCGUGGUGGGCCGUGGAAUCGGCAACGUCGGCAGAAAGGUUGCGUGA